AUGGGCCCAACACAAUUGCCUCCGUGGAGUCUUCCUUCAGGCGUCACAUCUCGCUAUGUCGACACUUCGCCUGUAGGACUCAAAUUUCAUAUCCUCGAGUCUUUCCCAAAAGAUGUUCCCUCAAGCAGUCCCCCGCCCCUGAUCCUGCUCCUCCACGGCUUCCCAAACCUGUCGUUCGACUGGUGUGCCGUCAUGACCAAACUCACCGCGGCCGGAUACUACGCAGUCGCACCCGACAUGAGAGGAUUCGGCCGGACGCACAACGCCGAUCUGAGUCCGAUUAGCGAAGAUUCUAUUCGUCCGCUCACCGCGUUGCGGGAUAUGGUGACUCUGGUUCACGCACUCGGCUACGAGACAAUUCACACUCUCGUCGGGCACGACCUUGGGGCCUUUGUGGCUUCUAUGUGCGCUAUUGCGCGACCAGACAUGAUCAAGUCCUUGGUCCUGAUGGCGCACCCGUUCAAGGGGUCUCCCAAGUUGCCUUUAGGGACAGCAGCUAAUCCGCAGUUGGCUUCUUUUCUUCGAUCCAAACAGGAGGACAGCGGAAAGGCGAUCAAGAGUGACAAGGACAUACAAUCCUCUCUUCUGAAGCUUGAGCCGCCAAGAAAGCACUACAAGUACUACAACGCCUCGUCAAAAGCAGUUGAUGAGUGGACUCAUCCCACAGGCCAGCCCAUGCAUGAUUUUCUCAGGGGGUAUUUCCACCUCAAGUCCGCAGACUACAGUCGAAACAAGCCCCAGCCCCUCAAAUCUUGGACUGCGGAAGAGAUCGCCGUCAUGCCACACUACUACGUAAUGAGGGCUGACCUUUCGAUGCGCGGAAACAUCGAGCUGGACAUGGCGCAAGAGCCGGCCAGCGUGCAUGAAAAACUCAAGGAAACACCAUGGCUCACCGACGCUGAGCUGCAGGUCUACGUCGACGAAUAUUCCCGAAACACUUUCCGACUCUCUUUAUUGUGGUACAAAGUCCUCAUCGACCCGGGCCUAACCGCAGACCUCCUGUGUUUCGCGGGAACAAAGCUCGCGAUCCCGACAAAGUACGUCUCCGGGACGCACGACUGGGGCACGUAUCAGGUUCCCGGUGCUCUUGAAGCCAUGGAGACCGGCGAGAGCGUCCGGCCUGGUUGCUGGAGGGGGUCCGUCAUAAUUCCUGGGGCGGGCCACUGGGUCAACAUUGAGAAGUCUGAGCAGACGGCGCAAGAGAUCCUCAAUUUGGCGGUGUCACUGUAG